UAUCAAUCAAUAAAAUAAUGAUAUAAUAUUUUGAAUCUUUCUUUCUCUAGCAACAUGCAGACUUUAUCAAUAUUAUGAGGAUAUGGUACAAAUUGAUGAUGAAUCAAAGAUUAAGACCCAACAGGUCAACUCGUUCAUCAAUUUUCCAACCGCCCUGAAGACUUUUUUUUGGGCGCUUUUUUGUAUGAGUCCUAUCGAAAGCGCUGAUGUGAUAAUUGAGAAUCUUCCUGGAGAAACAGAGAACGAGACUAUCAUCAAUCAUCAUUCUUUCACGGAGCUUAUUGGAUAUAUAUCCUUCGCCGGAUUCACUUUUAUUUCUGUGAUCAUGAUUUUAAACAUGUUGAUCGCUUGCAUGUCUAAUACGAUGACCAAAGUCACAGAAAAUGUACUUGUAGAAUGGACAUUUGGUCGAACUGAGACUUAUGUCGACUUUAUGCUAACAACUACUCUUCCGCCACCAUUCAAUAUUAUUCCAACGUACGUUGGUAUUCAGCCAGUGAUCGAGUAUGUGAAAUUAUUGUUGAAACCACCACCAGAUAAACGAGCACGAUGGGACAUGAAACAUUGUUGUUAUAUUGUUAGUGUUAUUCUUAAAAAUUACUAUAAAACAUUCAUAUAAUUUUUAAAA